AUGAAAAGACCAUUGGUGUCACCUGAUAAAGAUGCGAUAUUGCCGUUCGACGAUAGCUUAGAAGCAGCGAUGCAACAAGACGGUCAACAGUCCCCUGGAUAUGAUUUUGAGCCAGUAGACCUGAAUAAAAAGGUACAUCCCGCUGUACUGAAGCUGUGCACCGGCGAAGAAUACAAAGUUCGUGGAGUUUUUGGAGUAGGUGGAUUCUCUGUCGUUUACCGGAUCCGUGAUCAAAAUGGUCAGCAAUUAGCUGCGAAAGUGAUUUCUCGAAGACUAUACUCGACGCGCUAUGAAUUGGCUACACUCCGUAAAAUCCAGGAGAACCAACACGAUAACCUGUUGCUGUUGAAUUCAGUUGGCCGAUUGACGAAUCCACCGCCAGGAUAUACAGAUGAGGUUAUUAUCACAGAAGCAUGCGGACCGUCCAUCAGAGCAGUCAUGACAAAGGCUAGGAGAGAAACUGGUAAUACCAAGAUGUGCUCGUUCUCUAUGAACAAUAUCAAACGUAUUGGAAAGCAGGUUGGAGAUGCCAUGCUUCAUUUGGAAAAACUAAAAAUUCAUCAUUUGGACCUCAAGGCUUCCAAUGUCGCGUUUACGAGCAACGUCAAGUAUGAAAUGGAUCCGAAUUUGACCCACCCGAUCAUCACAAUAAAUGACUUUGAGAUCAAAGUCAUUGAUUAUGGAACUUCUUUGACUCACUCAAAACCUGGUGACCCGAAACCAGUUAAACUAGUUCAACCGCAGAACAUUCGUGCCCCAGAAGUAUUCAUGGGCCUUCCUUACAACGAAAAGUCGGAUGUUUGGUCCAUGGGAUGCCUGAUGGCUGAACUGUACAUUGUGAAGUUGCUAUUCCGUCCGAAUCAUGAUGCUCCCACUUGCGAGAAAGAUCAAUCUACAUUUGAGCACAUGGUGUCCAGAAUGAAUCCAACCAUUCCACCAGAAAUGAUCGAAGAGUCUAAGCAAAGAGGAAGUUGCACCAUCAAUUUCGAAUUCCUCGAAAAUCGCAAAGAAGCAGACAACCAGUACUUGUUAAUGAAAUUAAUGCGUGAUGAAACCGAUUCUCCAUUGUUUGAUCUUCUCAAGUUCAUUCUGAUCUUUGAUCCUGCCGAGAGACCAUCGUUCGCUGAAGUUAUCAGCCACAAGUUCUUUGCAGGCAUUUAA